AUGACGGAGCACUCUGGGAAGAAGAGAAUAGCUAUAGUUGGCGGUGGCAUCUCUGGCAUGUCCUGCAUGUGGAAAUUGAGAGAUACAGAUUGGGACGUUCAUCUAUAUGAUGCCGAUUCCAGACUAGGAGGGCAUGCCAAUUCAUCCAAAUUCGAAGGAAAUGGGUAUUCGGCGUCAGUAGAUACUGGAUUUGUUGUGAUGCAUGAGGGAUUCUAUCCAAAGUUUAAUGCUUUCUUGAAGGCGCUGAAUGUUGAAACAGUGCCAACUGACAUGUCGUUCGGAGUAUCUGCCGAUGGGGGUUCAUUCGAAUGGACAAGUGUCUCAUUCAUGGGCUUCCUCGGUAGUUUUUAUAAUAUCUUCAGUCUUUGGUUUUGGCGACUUAUAUUCGACAUAAUUCGAUUCCACUACUGUGCGACGGAUAUAUUUCACGAACAAUCAGUUGCCCAACAAUGUAUGAAAGUAACUUGCCUGCGUCAAAAGCACGACGCAAAAUGCACACACAGCCAAAACCUCGAGUCCAUCGGCCAAUAUCUUGAUCGCAAAUCGUACUCUGAACAAUUCAAAAAGUACUACUUGAUACCGAUGGGCGCUGCCCCAAGAUGUAUUGACCCAAGCGAAUUUGAGAGGGACUUCCCAGCGACCACAUUCAUUCGCUUCAUGGACGAGCAUGAACUUCUCGAUACCAUUUCCAAAACAUGUCGCUGGCGUGCUUUUAAGAAUGGUUCCAAAACCUAUAUUGACGCAUUUUUAAAAACUUUGAAGCCUAAUCAACAUAUUCACUUGGAAAUGCCAGUUACAAGCAUAAAGCGCGAUAUGAAUGAUAAAGUCACUCUGCUUACAAAGGACGGGUCUACUAAAAUUUUCGACCAGGUCGUUCUGGCUGUUCAUGCAAAUCAGGCACUGCAGAUCCUUGGCGACGGCGCGACUCCAAACGAGAAGGAAAUUCUGAGGCAUUUCAAGACCACCAGAAACAUUUGUUAUCUUCAUUCUGAUGAGACAUUAAUGCCUCGUCGAGAAACUGCAUACGCAUCCUGGAAUGUUCUUAUGAAAAGCUCAUCUUAUAAACCGUUGAAAAGAGUAACUGAAAAAAUGAGACUUUUUUCAAAAGAACUCUCGAUGGUAAAGAAGAUCAGAGAUGAAAGAAUCGAAAAAAUUUCAAUCACGUUCGAUAUGAACAGGUUGCAAGGAAUCCCCAUGCCUGGUGAAUCUGGUAGUCCAGGGCGGGCUUUGGUGAGCAUGAACCCAAUUCACACACCUCGAGGUGUAAGAGCAUCAUUCGUUUACUAUCACCCACUAUUCACAUCGAACAGUGUGCUUGCUUUGAAGGGUAUGCAUCUGAUCAAUGGUGUUUCGACAGUUAGUUUCGCUGGGGCGUGGAUGGGUCAUGGUUUUCAUGAAGACGGGUGUAGAGCAGGUAUGGACGCAGCUGAAAAACUUUUAAAGAUCGCCGAGGCAGGAAGAUGUGCCCUUCUGUCAGAUAGUGCUGAAGAUUCUCCAAAGGAGAAUUUUAAAGAGAAAAGAUCGAUGAAAAGGGCGGCCUGUCGCGUAAUGAUCCGUGGUAUUCAAAUAUUGAUAGAGAUUUCCGAAGCUUACAUGUAG